ACAUUACAUGGCCAAACGUGUGCGUGUACAAGGAGUGACAAAUGCAAGGCAGGACUGAGCGUGCAGUAUGUGGCUGUGCACGGACUGCGUGGGGCUGCCUUUGGGUCACUGCUGCUGUAGCUCCUAGAAAAAAAGGGAAAAAAGAAGGGCGGGGGGGGGAAGAAAAGGAAAAAAGGAAAAGGUGAAGCCGGAGGACGUGUGUGAGUGGUCGUAGCUAGAGCUGGAGGACAGAGGCGACGCAGCCCAGCUGGGACAGGAGGCCCCAGCUCAGCUGGAGCCGCAGCCAGUGGGGGGGCACCCAGUUCUCCCCGGUUCCCCCCGGGAAUAAGAAGCACCUCAGCAGCCCUCAUCCCACGGGGAGCAUCCCCGCUGCGGGAGAUGCCGCUCGCUCCCGGGGCGCAGACACUGGAUCAGCGGUAAUUGUUCACCUCUAAUUGCUUCAACUCAUCUGUAAAAUUCCCAGGCAAACAUUGGGCUGUACCUGAAAAGGUAAAAGAUCCUGCCAGCGCUCCCAGCCUCACGCUGCCCACAAGUUUAUGCUACUAAAUUCAAGCUUGACUGACAGGCAGGCAAGUUCCACUCUUGCUCCGAAGCAGCGCGGAGGCGAAUGCCAGUUGGCAACGUGCAUGCCGCCUCUCCAGCCGCUUGUUUUCCUGCCCCGGCUUGGGGGCACGCUCCUCUCCGGUGCCCCAGAGCCCCCAGAGGUGUCCAGGAGCCCCCAGAGGUGCCUUGACUGGGGUACAUGUACCCAUGGGGGAGACCAGGAGUUCUGGAUGUUGGCGCAGGAGCAGCAGCGCAGGGCUCUGUGGGCUUCCCCGGGGGUGUGCUCCACCAUCGGUGUCUUCUCUUCUUUCCCACCAUCCCAUCCAAAGCGGGUCCUCUGCUCCGUCUUCCCACUUGCACCAGCGUGGUGCAGGACGAAGUCGCUCGGUGCCUUCCCCCAUGGCCCCACCUGCGAGUUCCGUACAUGGCCUGGCGUGUUAAAGUACAAGCAGCAGCAUCUCUCGCCUGCCUUAAAAUCUGAAUUUCCCAGACAGCACUGGGGCACGUGCAAUGUUUUCCAGAGCUCUCGUAUGCGCAGGAAUAACGGGUUUAGCUGGGUGCGAUGGAAUACAGCUCCUCUCCAGGGCCGAGCACGACCGAUGCGUGCGUAGUAGCUGGUGUCUUUGCUCGCACGCGGCCGCCGAAGUGUUGUUUUUUCCCCCCAAACCGGCAUCCUUUGGUCAAACCCUCCCGGGGGGUGGAAGGGGGUUCAGACAGAGCGCUGGGGGUGUCGCGGGGGCCGGCGGGAUGGCCGGGGCACUUCAAAGUGGGCAGGCGGCGGCGGCCGAGCGCUCAGCCCCGGCCCGAGCUCGCGGGGAGCGCGUUUUCGCUAUUAUUUCAAUUAUUACAACUUCCUGAAUAGGUUGAAGGUCGUUCAUAAUUCACGCUUCUGUCAUCUUUACACAUGCCAAAUGCAGUCUAUUAAGCAUAAAUAAAAUUUCAAGUGCCUGACCAGGAAAAGUAAACUGGGAUUCAUAACAAUGAGGCCUUAUUCAUCCAUUUAAAAGUAAAUUGUGUGUGUUCCUUUUUUUCCCCCCCCGCCCUCCUCCUCUUUCCCUUUACGGUUUUGCAGUUUGGGAGCUUUUAUUUCUGUUCGGUAGCAUAAAUACAUGACCUGCGGCGUAGGCAGGCACAGAGGACUGAUGAGUUAGGCCUUCCCCAAC